CUUAAUGUUGAUGACGAGACGCUGGGUUGGGUGUCAAGGUAACAACGCUCAUUUUUAGUCUCCGGUUCUCUGUUAGCGUUAGCGUUCUCACAAUUUAGUCGCGCAGCGCUACGGUAACGUCAAUGUGUGUUAAAAUAUAAUUCAUGAACUUCAAAAGGUGCAGGUGGUCCGGUCGGGUACUCACGCAGGGACUCCUUAUCGGGUUGUAGACGUGCAUAGAGCAGAUUCUUUAUAGAUGCCACGCCAGUGCGUAGUCGAACCACACGAUAUGGCACAAGUCCUUGAUCCUGGGUCGAUUGUUGUAGCCGACUGGCACCGAAGUGCAGAUAGCAAGGAGUUCUUCAGCAGGAUUCUACACAAGAAAAAACGUAGAAACUUUGGUCUUCUGGAGGCUAUAGUGAUGCCCCCUAAUGUGUCUGUGGACACUGUUCACUACAAGAUCUUCAUAUCAGGAAAGAGUGGGGUGGGGAAGACUGCUCUUGCUGCACGUCUAGCUGGAUUCAAUAUUCCCAACAUGCACUAUGAAACUACAGGCAUUGAGACCACAGUGGUGUAUUGGCCUGUGAAGUUGAGGGAGAGCGGUCGUGUUCUGUUUUUCCGCUUGCAGCUAUGGGACUGUGGAGAGAACGCCUUACGCCGAUUUGACCACUUGCUUCCGUCCUGUAAGGAGCAGCUGGAUGCCAUCCUCUUCCUCUUCUCCUUUACUGACCGAGUGUCCUUCGAUGAUCUGUCCAAUCAGAUCGCCAGAGGGUCUGAAUCUUGCGACAGAGUUGUGAAAUUGGUUGUUGGCACCAAAUUUGACCUGUUCAUGCAUACAGACGUGACGGAGAGAGAGGUGACUCGGUUCCAGGAGGUCUGGGGGUUGCCUGUGUUCCGUAUGGGGGGUGACGUCAGCAACGUCAGUAACCUGGGUGAGGUAGCCCCCCUACUGAACUGCCUGGCAGAGCACCUAUGGCACCAGGACUGUGUGGCUACCAGGUCUACCAUCCUUCCAGUCGCCACACAGUCAGAGGCUGCUACUGUGGUACAUGUAUGAAAUCCAAUAGGUUGAGAGACAAUUGUUUUCAUCUCCUACACCACUUCUGUGGUGCACUCAACAGAGAUAUCCUGGAUUACCUUCUCACAUAGGACUGUGGAGAAACAGGACCUGCAUUUUAGUUUAUUGGGCCUUUGAACAUGUUCAACUUUGUGAGGACAAGCAUUCAUCCAGGCCUGGAAAAUGAAACUUGAGGUAAAUGGUGAUUUGCAAUGUUGGGUUUUUCCUUUUUAGGAACCACUGCCACCUAUAGGUUAAACAGGGAGAAGAAGCAGGCUCUGUUUUUAAAAAAUCAAUCUGCAUUUACACAUUUUUCAAAGUUGUGAUCUUGGUAAACAGAAGGGAUACAAUUAGUAGCCAGUGUUGGGGAGUAGUGAACUACAUAUAGUUAAACUAGUAAUUUAAAUACAUUUUGCAGUAGCAUGGUGGUAGUUGAACUAAAUUCAAAUCUAGGUAGUGUUUUCAGUAGUUAAGAACUUUUUUUUGUCAUGUAGCAGUAUAGCUAACUACUGGAACUAUACGCAACUUUUUUUGAAAAAUAAAAUAUUGGUGAAGUAGGCAAGAAUUUCCUUUUUGAGGCAUUUAGACCUGCUUAAUUCUCAAUUUUUGUGUUUUAGGCCAAAUUACACAUUCUGUUAACAUCUGACUCCAGAGUGAUAUGUUCUUGCAAUUUGUAGUCUGACAUUUCAGAUUGAGAUAUUAUUUAUAAUGUAGUUUGGAUGUAGUGAACUACUUUUUCAAAGUAACUUCAGUUAAAUAAACUGUUUCUAAAGGGUA